UAUUUACGAAAGUUUGCAAAGUAGACGAGGGUUAGUUUGACUUGCAAAGCAGCGUUUACUUGGAGACGAGCAGGAUUUCCAGCUUUCCUGACUUCUCUCCUCGUCUCCUCUGGUGACUGACAGCCUUCGCCAUGGGUGAAAUGGAGCAACUGCGAAAGGAGGCCGACAGCCUCAAAGACCAGAUCACAGCGGCCCGGAAGGCGGUGCAGGACUCCACCCUGCAGGAGGCAGCAGCCAGCAUCACUGUGGUUGGUCGAGUCCAGCUGAAGACCAGGAAGACGCUCCGAGGUCACCUGGCCAAGAUCUACGCCAUGCACUGGUCCACCGACUCCAAGUUGUGUGUCAGCGCGUCGCAGGAUGGAAAACUGAUCGUGUGGGACAGUAUCACGACCAACAAGGUGAACGCCAUCCCCCUGAAGUCAUCCUGGGUGAUGACCUGUGCGUACGCUCCUUCAGGUAACCUGGUCGCCUGCGGCGGUCUGGACAACAUGUGCUCCAUCUACAAUUUGAAGGGCAAAGACGGGAACGUGAAGGUGAUGCGGGAGCUGGCAGCGCACACAGGUUACCUGUCCUGCUGCCGCUUCCUGAGCGACAGCGAGAUCAUCACCAGCUCCGGAGACUGUACCUGCGUUCUGUGGGACAUCGAGACAGGAACCCAGAAGACGGUGUUUGCUGGACAUCAGGGCGACUGCAUGUCUCUGGCUGUUUCUCCAGAUUUCAAGUUCUUCAUCUCAGGAGCCUGCGACUUCACGGCCAAGCUGUGGGAUAUCAGGGAGGCAAGCUGCAGGCAGACGUUUGGAGGCCACGAGAGCGACAUCAACGCUAUUGGGUUCUUCCCAAACGGUAACGCCGUGAUCACCGGUUCUGAUGAUGCCACCUGUAAACUGUACGACCUGCGGGCCGACCAGGAGCUCAUCACCUACCAGGACUCCGGCAUCAUGUGUGGCGUCACCUCGCUGGCUCCAUCAGUGUCCGGACGCCUCCUGCUCGCCGGAUACGACGACUUCAACGUCAACAUCUGGGACGCUCUGAAGGCCGAGAGAGUUGGUGUGCUGGCGGGUCACGACAACAGAGUGAGCUGCAUCGGCGUGUCGUCAGACGGGAUGGCGUGUUGCACCGGAUCCUGGGACAGUUUCCUGAAGAUCUGGAACUGA